AUGGAGCUGGCUUCAGUGCAAACGCUCCUGCAUGCAUGCGACGGAGACGAUGAGGACGGCUUCAUACAGGAAAUCUGUGCGGCGCUCUCCGGCGGGUUCCAAAGUGCACGCGCCAUUUUGGAAAGUGCAAAGGCCAAAUCUGCAGGUGCGUUUGGUGAGUUUGCUUUGCGGUGUCUGGUGAAGCUGAUCUCGAAUCCAGUUGUUGAACCCUGGCGGCCGCAAGCUGCUGCACUCUUGGCAGAUCUGGGUCGAGGAACAGUUGACGUCCCUUCCGCCGGCGUGCAGACGUUGCUGGUCAGCCUUGCGACUGCUCCAUCCGGAGGCGACCUCAGCUCUUCGAUGGGUGGCUUGAAGCUUCUGACGCGGGUGAUGAACGCUUGGGCAAUCGGGGCAGAGCAGCUGAACGACGAGGCGCACGCAGCCAUCUCACGGGCUGUGGUGAGGGAUUCCGUGCUGCCGGGCGCGUGGGCCCUGGCAGCUGUCACACUCGGAUCGGUGCCAGACUUGCUGACCAGCGAGAUGUCCAUCGCUGUCAUCAAAGAGGCCGAUGAUGGGAGCCGUGAUGAUGCGGUUCUUCAAAUGGCAAAGAGUCUGGGUGCCGAAUGCCAGCGUUUCCUGGUUCAACUUCGACAGGAGCGCGGCCGCCUGAAAGCAGCGGCGAAGGCUGUAGAGGUCUUGGGGCUUCAGGAUCAAUUCCCCGACGCUGGGUAUCUCUGGCGGUCAGAGGCACUCGAGGCUGCCAUCGAGAAAGGGCGGCGAGAAGCGGUGGUUGGACUGGGUUGCGAGGAGGUACGGCUGCGUGGCAGAUGUGUGGACGGCCUUCUGCAGUGUGGCGAGGUGGAGCUGGCGGUUGACCUGGCAGAUGCCUGGGGCGUGGGCAUUUCUGAAGCCGUUCGACACGAGAACGCUGAGAGGGCGAAAGCAGAGGUGCCCUACCUCCGCCUGCCCCUAGAUGUCGAUGUUCAAAUGGUCACGACGGAGGCAUGCAUCGAGGGCAUGCGAGGCAUCCUCCUGGACGCAAGCGUCAUCGGCGUGGACCUGGAGUGCAACACUGCGGGGACGCCCACCCUACUUCAGCUUGCUACUCCCCGUCAAGCCUUCCUGGUUGAUCUCCAGGUUGUGGGCAGUUGGCCGAGUUUCGCGACGGCAAUGCAGGAUGUUUGCGCUGGCCACGCGCGAAAAGUCGGCUUCGGGAUUGCAGAAGACUUAGGCAAACUCUCCAAGAGCUUCCCGUCCCUUGCGGCUGCAGCUUGUGCAGCCCCACUGAGUGACUUGAGGGAAGUCGAGGCGCAACUCAGAUCCCUUGAGUCUGGCAUCGGAAAGAAGAGAGCUCGCGAGGGGAUCAGCCUCUCUGCUCUUGCAGAGAAGUACUUGGGCAAGCCCCUGGACAAAGCCUUCCAGGUGGGAGACUGGAGCCAUCGCCCCCUCUCCCAGGCACGGAUGCACUAUGCCGCGCUGGAUGCCUGGGUCCCUGUGAAAGUCUACGAAGCCGUGCAGACUUCGAAUUGCAUGCUCUGCUCCGCCCAUCUGCACAGGACAAGUCGACGAUGGCAGCUUUGCUCCAGCCCUACUGUGAAGAUGCCUUGGGAAAGGCCGGUAGUGGAUGCAAGAACACCUGGCCUGGUGAGCCUUUCGUUCCCACCUUCAGAGGAUGUGGAGCCCCAGCCCACAGAGGAUUACAUUCUGGCAAGCUUUUACUCCACAUGGAGGCGAAGUCAGCUGAAGAUGAUGCACUUCCUUGGGCCCGGAGCUGCUAAGGUGAAACUGAAACCCAAGGAGGACGACACGGCUGGCGAAGAAGCUGGCCACCAGGACUUCUGGUGA